AUGUUUGGUAACGUAAACAUCAUUUGGGCGUCCGCUAGAACGGAGUAAGUGCGAUUAAACGGCCAGUAUCAACUCGAAAAUCCUGUUUUCCUUUAAAAAUUGUCUUUUUGCUGUUACAUUGUCUCCCAUAUAUUAUAGUUAAUAGGAAAACAUAGAAGAAGCUCUAUUUUUGUUUUAGACGACUACGCUCUACCUGCAAUAUAUUGAUUGCUGCGAUUGCGGUGUGCGACAUUUUGCAUCAAUCAAGCCAUUUUAUCAUGGGCUUUCUUCUUUACAGCGGCAAUGUGAAAAUAAAGCAGAAAACAUGUUUCUAUUUACAGUCGGUUCCGUCGUUUGCCUUCAGUCUCGGCGCAAUGCUUUUAUUUUUGACGUCAUUGGAGCGGCUGACAUGUAUUCUUAAGGCAGCCACGUGAGUAGAAUAUAACAUACAUGGUUCAACGCGGACAGAAAAUAACAAACCCCAUUUUCAGCUACCGGAAAAAUCCAGGCCUUGGCCACAUUGCCGCCAUAACGGCCCCUUGUUGUCUCCUUCCGAUCUACAUGAUCUACCAAAGCUACACGGAGAUGUUGGUUACCCCAGCUGAGCCCACCUUUUGCAUAAUAAUGAAUGCCAUAAAGGGAGACUCACUGUCUUUCUUAAUGGCCUACCAUAACCUCUUAAGUGUUAUGACCUUACUGACCUACUGUAUGAUUUGGAUUUUAAUCAAGCACCGAAAAUACAAAAAAUCUAAGCCGAUGUUGAAGUCUGUUUUCGUAGUCAGCGUCUGUGUCGUCGGCGGUUGGAUGCUUGCAAUGGGCAGUGGGAAUGUAUGGUUGACGACGAAGGACCAGAUUCCAGAUUCUUUGAAACUGUAUGGAGGUUUGCUCAUUAAUCUUAGCGUCUCUGCAAAUUAUGUAAUCUACUACUCAUUAAAGUAAGUUGUCAAAGCCCUUGAGCAAAAUUGUUGUACAAAUUUUGUAAGGCAGUGAAUCACAUUUGCCCAUAUACAAUUUUAGCUCCGAUUACCGAAAGGCGUUCCAAGAGCAGUUCUGCAUUCUCCGUUGUCAAUAUUUACCGUCGUCGUCGCGAACGUCAACGGCCUGGCUGUCUAUGAACGAUCCAAUCAGACUUACAGCAAGCUCACGUCAUUAAGGCCGUUUUAUGAAACCUAGCAACGUCAUUUUUCUAGCUUUUUUCAUCGGAGGGGUUCAUGGUCAUUUUAAAAAAUGUCCCUGUGCAUUCUAUGUUAUCUACUUCGCCACGAGGUAAGACUUUCAAAUUCAGUAAUCAUUUUUUUAUUUUAUUGUUCUGACGAUUGCUAGGGAGAAUAAAGAUGUAUAGUUCUUUGCUGGCUUCAUUAAUUUUUUUCAGCGAGAAUAUCCGCGAAGCAUUCAUCGAUCAGUUGCAAAUUUGA